AUGCUGACAGCUACAUGCACAAACGCCAAUGGUCUGCUUGCGGCUCGCUUCUUCCUUGGUAUCGCUGAAGCUGCAAUUGCACCCGGUCUCACCAUCAUCAUAUCGAUGUUUUACAAGAGAUCUGAGCAGCCACUACGCCAAGGCGCAUGGUUCCUCGGCACUACGUGCGCAGGACUAUUCGGGGGUCUCAUCAAUUAUGGUAUCGGGCAUAUCAAUAGCAUUGCACCUUGGAAGGCCGUCUUCCUGAUUCUGGGUGCCGUCACUAUUGUCUGGGCGCUCUGCACCAUUCUUUUGCUACCAGACACACCAUCCAAUGCAUGGUUCUUGACGACCUCGGAUCGGGCCAAGGCAGUCACACGAGUCCAAGAGAAUUUAACGGGCGUAAAAAGCGACCAUUUCAACUGGGCGCAGUGUCGAGAGGCAUUCGCGGACAUGAAAACUUGGUUUCUUGUUCUCAUCCAAGUGGGCGCUAAUAUUCCGAAUGGCGGGGUCUCAGCAGUGCGUUUCCCCUCCUUGAUGCCAAAUUGUGCUUGGCGCCAGCUUGCGUUUGGGCAAGAUCUGAUCGGUUUGCAGUUCCGACCGACUAUUAUCAAUGGGCUUGGGUUCAGCACGUUCGAUACCCUACUUCUUCAGUGUGUGCCAUAUCUGGUUCAGUUUACUGUAAUUCUUGUUACCUCAGGUGGAAGUACUUACUUCCGUAAUACACGCACAUAUUGGAUGAUGGCUGCAUUCGCUAUCGCCCUGCUUGGAGCAUCGCUCGUUCGAGAACUACCAGCGGACCAUAAAUGGGGACGUUACGCGGGGACUUGCCUCAUGGGAGCUUUCUCGGCUGUGAUUCCAUUGCUUCUGUCGAUGGUGUCUGGGAAUAUUGGCGGUUUCACUAAGAAAACGACAGUCACCUCAUUGAGCUUCAUUGCGUAUUGUGCAGGAAACAUCAUCGGACCACAGCUCUUCUUUGAAUCGGAAGCGCCUUCUUACCGGUCGGGUUUCAUCGCACUCAUGAAUCGAAUCCGAGAUAACCAAGGCGAACAUGCUGCCGCUGCAGAGCCGAGCGAAACGGAGAUAGAGAUGAUGGCUAUGAUGGAUAAGACGGACAAGGAAAUCGUGCAGUUUAGAUAUGUAUAUUAG